AUGGAUUUCCGUAGGAGCUGGUUCAAGUGGGACAGGCAUAACGAGGCGGACCUCUUCACCGACCGAAUGGACCAGAACAACAGCCUCUCCCAGGCCAUCCUUUCCGCCGCCCCCGAGGAGCUGGACGCCACCAACGUGCUGUUGGGCCAGAUUCAGGGCACCGUUGUUGGCCUCAGAUAUUACAGCGGGGUGGUCAACCAAGGCGAAUUGGUGGGCCUGGUGCGUGAGCCCCACAACCCAUUUGACUGCAACGCUAUAAUGGUCGCCAACGUCUAUGGCACCCAAGUCGGCCAUAUCAAGAGGGAGCUUGCUGCAGCUGUGUCAUAUGUCAUGGACAACAAGCUGGCUAAAGUAGAAGGAAUGGUGCAUUCUGGGACUAAAAACAAAUUCUCCAUGCCGGUGAUUUUGUCUUUCUGGGGGCCAAACGAGAACAAAAACGAGAUCGCUCAGUGUUUGAUACGCCAUGGCUUUAAACUUAACACAGGUGGACUAUAAUUACUUGUGUAUUUUCACUCAGGGGCAAGUCAGAGGUUAUACAGCACUGGCAUGGCAUCCAAUAAAAGAGGCGUGACCAUUCCACUCACAGAAGAGGAGCUGAAGAAUGCCUUUGAUAACCUAUUUGAAGGCCUGCUGGAGACGAGAGACGGUGAAAAGGAAGCAGCUGAUGCUGUGGUCACCCCUUUAAUGCCACAUCAGCGGCAGGCGUUGUCGUGGAUGUGCGCCCGUGAGAACAAGUCCACGCUGCCGCCCUUCUGGGAGAAGCGUGGUGAUCUCUACUACAACAGCCUCACGUGCUUCGCGGCCAAGGAGAUACCCCAGAGGGUCCUCGGGGGGAUACUGGCAGACGACAUGGGACUGGGCAAAACACUGACUACCAUCGCGCUGAUCCUCACCAACUACCGUGACGGAGAGCCGCUUCCCGUAUUCGACCGCCAGGAGCACUGCUCUCCUCUGAAAGAGGCACCCAUGGUCAUGGAGGAUGCAGAUUUUGCCUCGGCGUUGUGCGGACUUCUGCAGUCGCCACCGCAUACGCUCAAGAAGAAGAAGAAGAAAAAGGCUAUCUCAACCCUGGCUGCCGAUUACUACGCCGAUGAAGACCCUGUUGACUCUGUAUCGGCCGGGGCGACUCUCAUCGUGUGCCCGCUAUCUGUGCUCAGCAAUUGGCUGGACCAGUUUGAGGAGCAUGUCCGAGCAGACAUCAAGCUGAAAGUGUACAUGUACCACGGCCCUGACCGUAACAGGAGCACAAAGUUCCUCUCAUCUCAGGACGUGGUGCUAACCACCUAUAAUGUGCUUUCCUCAGACUACUCAAAUAGGAGUCCUCUACAUGAAAUCAACUGGUUGAGGGUGGUGCUAGACGAAGGUCACGUGGUCCGGAACCCCAACACGCAGAUGAGCAAGUCCGUGCUCGACCUUAGAGCACAACGGCGCUGGAUUCUGUCUGGCACACCCAUUCAGAACAGUGUCAAGGACCUGUGGAUGCUGCUAGCCUUCCUGCGCCUCAAGCCGUUUGAUGUGAGGGAGUGGUGGAAUCGGGUUAUUCAGAGGCCCGUGAUGCAAGGCGACAGAAACGGUCUGAAGAACCUCCAGACAUUGAUUAAGUGCAUCACGCUGCGGCGCACAAAGAACAGUGAGUUGGAUGGACGUCCGCUGGUCACGCUGCCUGAGAAGAGUGUGUGCGUGGAGCAGGUGGAGUUAAGCGCAGCGGAGCGCGAGGAGUACGAACAGGCACGCAAUGAAGGAAGACAUACUAUUAGCAGAUAUGUUGCUGAAGGCACAGUUUUGAGAAAUUAUGCAGACGUCUUGGCUAUCUUGAUGAGGCUGCGACAGCACUGCUGUCAUCCUGACUUGCUGGCGAACACCGCUGUAGAUGCAGGCGUGGCGACCACGCCGACUGAGCUUCGCGAGCGCCUGAUCGAGAAGCUGCGCCUGGUCUUGGCCAGCGGCUCGGACGAGGAGUGCUCAGUGUGCCUAGACUCUGUGCGCCUGCCCGUCAUCACGCACUGCGCUCACGUCUACUGUCGGCCCUGCAUCGCUCAGGUCAUCGGUACCGAGCAGGAAAGUGCACGCUGCCCUCUUUGUCGAAGUGACAUCAAAAUCUGCGAGCUGGUGGAGUUCCCACAAGAAGAAGCGGGUGAAGAGAUUGGAGGAAGAAGUCCUGGAAAGUGGAGGACCAGCUCAAAGAUCCAAGCAUUGAUUAACAACCUGAGCCGUCUACAGUGGGAAGACAGCAGCGCUAAGUGUCUGGUGGUCUCGCAAUUUACUCGCUUCCUCACCAUCUUGGAGACGCCGCUCAGAGAGCAUGGCUUCAGGUUUGUGCGCCUGGACGGCACCAUGACCCAAAAGAAGCGCACCCAAGUCAUCCAAGAGUUCCAGAGCGCCGCCCACCACAGCCCCACAGUCAUGCUGCUCUCGCUCAAAGCCGGGGGUGUCGGUCUCAACCUCACGGCCGCAUCCCACGUCUUCCUCAUGGACCCGGCAUGGAACCCAGCCACAGAGGAGCAGUGCAUCGACCGUUGUCAUCGUCUGGGUCAGAAGCGAAAGGUCUUUGUCACCAAGUUCAUCGUGAAGGACUCUGUAGAGGAGAACAUGGUGAAGAUCCAGAAGCAGAAGCAAGACCUGGUGGAUGCAGCGUUGGGCUCUGACCACAAGACGUCUCGAAUCAACGACAUCAAGGCUCUUAUGGAAUUGUAG